GGAAGCCUUGAACCAAGCGUAGACUCAUAUGAAGCGUCCAGGGCGCUUGGAAGAAAGUAUCUCUGCCAUUCUGGUCAAAACAGCAGGUUGCCGGCAACGAGUUCCCUUCAAGUAGAUAUGUAAAUCAUACUCUAGUUGCAAAGUAUCGAGAAGAAUAGUCGAUUGGGACGCCUUCCCCUGGAAUAUACGACUUCCGUUCCUCGAAGCUUUUCUCAGCUUGAGAGCCCACUCAUAUCGACGCGAGCGAAAAAAGAGCAACUGAUCUACAUUCUACAGCGCACUAUCUCAGGGCAAAUUCUAGCUUUUGUAAUCUGGACCUAUAAUUAUGGAAAUCCUGCACGUUCAUUUUUGGACGAUCCACACUUCAGGUACCUCCGAACGGAAUCCAGCAUCUUCCAUUGAUGUCAGCAGUGAUUGAUCAUCUACCGCAAAUUUCCCGUAGUACGUAGGGCGCUUGACAUCAUCGCACAGGACCGCAAGACUGCAAGAUAAGUACGAUGUACUUCACAUAUCAACACGUAUGUACAUGUAGUUGAUUCAACGGAAUUCGCAAACAACUUGAUCAUCUAGACAACCACCUCCACGGAUAUUCACAGCACGCAAUCAAAAACAAUGGCUCCAACUCAACCACGCACCCUCGAGGGCAAAGUUGCCAUCGUAACCGGCGCCUCACGAGGAAUAGGCUCCUCCAUCGCCUUUGACCUUGCAGCGCGCGGCGCCAAAGUCGUCAUAACCUACUCAUCCGACAAAUCCAAAGCCGGCGCCGACGAACUUAUCUCCCGCAUCCAAUCCGAAGCCAACAGCUCCGCCAUCCAAGUCCAAUGCGAUCUCAGCCAGCCCUCCGCGCCGCAAAAAAUCGUCGAAGCCACUCUCGCAGCUUUCGGCAACCACAUUGACAUCUUGGUCAACAAUGCUGGAAUCAUCAGUAACAAAUUCAUCACGGACAUCACUCCCGAACACUACGAUUCCGUCAUGAACCUCAACACUCGUGCUCCUUUACUCAUGCUCCAAGCAGUCCUCCCACACUUGCGGACUCCAGGACGUAUCAUCAACAUCUCUUCCAUUGGAGCUCGUGCCGGAUUUCCCGGAUCGUCGACCUACUGUGCGUCCAAGGCUGCUUUGGAGGGUUGGACGAGAUGUUGGGCCGCAGAGUUGGGCAAGGAUGGCACGACCGUGAAUGCGGUGAAUCCGGGUCCGACGGAGUCGGAGAUGUUGCAUCAGGUGGAUGAGGCGUUGAUUCAGCCGCAGAAGGAUGCGACAUUUAUUGAGAAUCGGGUUGCGAGACCACAGGAAAUUGCGGAGAUUGUGGGCUUUUUGGCGGAAGAGAGGAGUAGUUGGGUUACUGGGCAGUGUAUUAGUGCUAGUGGCGGGCUUCAGCUGCAUUAGGUGGGAAGUGAAGGAAUGAUGGUGCUGGUCAAGCAUUUGAUCAUGCAGCAAAUGGUGAUAGAGGGAUUCCAACGGCGUAUCUUUGUGUCCGAACGAUCAUACAAUUAAGAAUAUAGACUUUCAAGAAG